AUGCCGCUCGAAGCAGUGAUGUUGGUGGUGGACAACUCUGAGAGUUCUCGGAAUGGCGACUAUGCACCCAACCGCUUCGACGCACAAGCAGACGCUAUCAACAUAAUCUUCGAUCACAUUACGAACAGCAACCCCGAGUCGUCAGUUGGCCUGAUGAGCAUGGGUGGAAAGGGACCCGAAGUUCUGUCAACCCUCACAACGGAGCGUGGUAAGCUGCUGGAAGGCCUUCACCGAACAAAAAAGAAGAUUUCGGGAACUUCUCAUCUUGCCACAGGAAUCCAGAUUGCCAGUCUAGCACUGAAGCACCGACAGAACAAGUCCCAACGUCAACGCAUCGUCGUCUUCAUUUGCUCACCGGUAGCAGAUGAAGAGAAGGAGCUGGUGUCCCUAGCGAAGAAGAUGAAGAAGGGCAACGUGCAAAUCGACUUCGUGCUGUUUGGCGAUCUGGACGAUGAGGCAGUAGAAAACAAGCUGAGGGCCUUUAACGAGGCAGUGAAGAGUGCCGACAACUGCCACCUGGUAGUUGUUCCGGCGAGCGGCAAGCUUCUCAGCGAUCAACUCAUUUCAUCACCCAUUCUCCUGGGCGAGGUCGCGGCGAGCGGCGGCGCAGGCGGCUCCUCGGGCGGCGAGCAAGGCGGAGACUUCGGUGGCUUCGACUUCGAUCCUAGCACGGAUCCGGAGUUAGCACUGGCUCUUCGCAUGAGUAUGGAAGAGGAAACAGCGAGACAGGCAAGACAAGCUCAGGAAGAGGAAGCUUCCAAGAAGCCGAACUUGGAGGGUAUUAAGGAAGAGGAGCAGCCGCUGCUAAGCGGCCAGAGCGAGCCGAGCGGAAACAGUUCUCCGGAGAAGAAGGACGACAAGAAGGAUGAUGCAGACAAGAUGGAUACUUCCUAG